CGCAGCUUGCGCAAAUUCUGGUGGUGAGCCGAGCAGGAACAACUCGGCCUGCGUCUGAUGCUCUGCGUUUUGCUGAUGAGACCUGCCAUAGACGUAUCGCAUCUAUGUCUGGGCGACAUACGCACUCAGCCUCGCUAUCGCAAAGUAUGGAGAACGCUUCGAUAACGAGAUCAUCAAGUUGUGCGCCGACGGGUCCCUCACCGUCGAACAACGGCGCCGCAAAAUCGACGAGUUCAUCAGGGCCGCGGAUGCAAUCCACACGAUGGCAAAAGAAAUCAUGACCGACCUGGACAAUCUCCAGGACGAGCUCAACACCUUCAUCGCCUCCUUUCGAGCUUGGAUUGAUGGUGUCCAGAGCUUGGGGGACGUAGUGUCCGAGCUCAACAAGAGUUUAGAUCAACUGGAGAGUGACAUAACGAGCACACGCAAUGCUGCUGCCGCGAACAUCGUUGGCAGCUCUGCUUCCAUGGUUAACCUGUCUGUGCAUGCCGAAAACGAGCUCAAAAACAUGACUUCGGUAGACGCCAUCAACUCCCUCGGACAGCUCUGGCAAGCAGUGAGCAAUGAUGCGCUCGAGAUCGAACUCUGGCUCAAGGAUGGUGCGAAGGACGCGGACAUACCCGAGUACAUGAAGCUUUCCCUUGAUCACGCCGUUGCUGUAUACGCCGACAUGGCUGUGGCACUGCGUGCGUAUGCGACCAUUCUCACGGAAAAGGAUAUCCCUCGUCCGUAGACUGUAGAAUCGUGUGGCGAAGGUAGACAUGAGAACGAGAGAUGACAGCCUGAGUACACUGUAUAGUACGAUACGGUUGUACAAACAUAAGAUGGCUGAGUUCCGACCAAGGGAUUACUACCCGAAAACCCA